AUGAAGUUUUCAACAAGAUUACCAACAAAACGGGGAUCCAAACAGCUGAAUAGAUUGCAGCUACUGAAUCAACUACUAAGGUCUAAACUUUGGAAAAAAGUUUCUCCAAAUAUGACGAAGAGUUUCAAAUCUUGUGCGGAUAACAUUUUAGCUUGGGAGAAACAAAUCAUAGAACUGUGGGAGGACAUUCAAAAAGCAAGGAUAGUCAGGACAAGAUCCAUAAGCUCGAUUGCACAUAGCUUGAUAACAAAAUCAAGGCAAGCAUCCAACAUAUCAAAAAGGCCCAACAAUUGA